UUUUUGUCCUAAUUUUUAUGUAUUGUGCUUGAAUGGGUUCUUUUUUGAAAGCAAAAAGUAACAUCAACCCCUUUCCCUUAUAAGGAAGUAUUCAUAUUAAAAUAUAAACUUCUUUAUAAUCGAUAACCUUGUUCUGCUUGUCAGCUGAAAGUAGAAUCAGCUGAUUCUUGACGUUUAGUUUUUAUGUUUUCAAAGUUGAUCGAUUCGGACUACCACCUGUGUUUUGAAUAUUCAAAUCUAUUAUAUGCAUAUAUCUAUCUGAAUCAACGACUCAUGAGGGAUCCUUCGUAAAUAUUCAAUAUAACAAAAAGCAUUGAUUAACUUCACUGCAUAUCAAACAAUGGAAAAUAUCGAUAUAAAUUGUUUACAGAAAUUACAAAUUACUUAUGGAAAUGAUUUAUUGGAUUCUAAGAAAUGUAGCUCAAUCUAUUAUGAAUUGAAACAGAAAAAGCAAGAUUUAUUAUUGCAAUUGAGUUUAACCAAUAUUGACUCUCUAAUAGGAAAAACAGUACAUUCCGCUGAUAAGAUAUGUGAUGAUUUUGACAAAUUAUGCAUUCGUUCGAAAGAAAUUACUGAAGCAAUUGAAACAAAUUUAGAUAAAGUGGAUGAUGUGAGAAAAAAAUUUCAAAAUCUAUUAGAAAAAGUAAAUGUGUUGCAAAUUACCAAGCAGUAUAUUAGAUUAGUGCAAAAACUGGAAUAUUUCAAUGUUGAGUUAGAAAGAGAAUAUAAGAAUAAAGAUUAUGAAAAAUGUGUAACCAUUUUUGCAAAUUUAUGUGAGAUUAAUUGGAAUCUAACACAUUUGAAACAAUCUUAUUUGAAUGAUGUUAUGAGUGAACUUCAAAAUUAUUGGCAUGAAGUUUUGAUGAAUAGUUUGUCUGAAAGCUUUGAAGAAACUUUGAAAGUAAUUAAUUGGCCAUUUGUUAAUGCAAAUUUCAGUCUGCAAACUCCUCCUCAGAGUGCAAUAGACAAACUUAAACUUCUUACUGAAUACUUACUUCAAAUCGAAUUACCAAAUGAAAAUGAUCAUUUGGAUUCGUUGACUCCUGUUAACAUAUCUAAUUUAUGUAUACCUGCAUCUCUUAUGAUACAGCCACUAAGAAAACGUUUCAUCUAUCACUUUUAUGGUGCUCGUCAAACAAACCGAUUAGAUAAACCUGAAUGGUAUUUCACACAAAUUUUAACAUGGAUAAGAGAUCAUAAAGACUUUCUACAUAAAUGGAUUCAGCCUAUUGUUGAUAAGAUGGGGUAUUGCCACUUAGAUAUUGAACUUGAAUUUUUAGUGGGCUUGGUACAAUUAGCUAUUGAAAAACUCCAGGCCGAUAUUGCUAAAGCUCAGUAUGAUGAUUUCACCUUUUCUCACACAGUUGACGAAGCUUUAAGCUUUGAUAAAGAGUUAAGGAGUUCUUAUGAUUACCCAAUAAUACAAGCUGGAGUAUUAGGUGUGCUUACUCAAGCACAAGUGUUCAUUAAAUGGAUUACAAUGGAAAGAAAGUUUGCAUUAGACAAAAUGGAUAACAUCCUUUAUUCCUCAGAGCUAGCAUUUGAACCACUAGCUUCUGAUAUAGAUAACUUGAAGGUAACUGUUUGCGCUGAUGCAUUUAUGACACUGCUUAAAAGAAUUACAGACAGGUAUGAAAGUUUGCCACAACCUGGUCAUCGACUUCAAUUUUUAGAGCUCCAGUUGGAACUCCUGGAUGAUUUCAGAGUUAGAUUAAUACAAAUUGCAAAAGCUGAAGAAGAUAAUGUUAUAGAAUCAAAGGUACCUAUGAUUGUUAAUACUUUAUUCUAUAUGGAAAGUGUAUUGAUAGAUUGGGGGAAUACUUUACAUUACCUCAAUUUAUAUUACUACAAAUCUCAAUUAGAGAAUGUUGAAUCAAGUGCAUCGGUACCAGAUGCUGAGGAUUCUAUUUUAGAAUAUGAGUCGCAAAGUGUAUUUGCCGAAACACUAAUUCUGUAUGGUGAUAUGAGGAGAUACUUACUUUCUUCAAUGUCAGAGUUUGUGAUGAAUGAAAUUGAACAAAAAAGUAAAAAUUAUAUUAGAGAAGACUGGUCAAAGAUGAAAGUGGAUAAAGAUUUUAAAAAUUUAUCACUAACACCAUCUGCUUGCCCAAUGUUUGAAGUUAUUGCAAAAAGGUUACACCAGCUACAAAAAACUCUUGCAGAUAAGCUUUUUUCAGUUAUAUGGAAGUCGUUAGCUCAACAAUUGGAUAGUUUCCUUUUUGAACAGUUGAUUUUAGAUAAAAGAUUAGAGAAGGGAGGUAUUCUUCAGUUGAAAUAUGAUAUUGAAAGGAAUUUAUACCCUUUAUUUUCCCAAUUCACAGAAAAACCUGAAAGCCAUUUCAAACAAUUACUUAAAUCAUUACAAACUUGUAAUAUUUGAUGAAAUAAAUAUAUAUUACAGAACAAAA